AUGGAAGAAAGCUCUGAAAGACCUCAGGAGGUAGAACCUCCAUACUCAAUGAAAAUUUUAUUUAAAACAUUUCUUUUAUCCACCUCUGUAUUACUCAUAGCUCAGAUUCACUAUGCAUAUGUUAGUGUCUUGUUUGAGAAUGAUCGUCAUUUCUCCUAUCUCUCGGAUUUGGAGAGGGAAAUGUCCUUUCGCACAGAAAUGGGUUUUUACUACUCAUAUUAUAAGACUGUGGUAGAAGAACAGCCGUUUGUAGCUGGUAUAUCUAAGUUGAUGUAUGACCGAACUGUGGAAUAUCCGAAAGAAGUUAAUGCAUUUAAUCGAUUUAAUAUUCAUCCAGAGGUCUUAGUCGGUGCCCUCUACCGGUAUCUAGAACCAUGGCUAAACACAACAACAUACAGAGAGUGCCACAUGGUCGACCGAGGUCCUGGCUACGAGCCAGUUAAGAGCUGUGUAGGUUUGGGUCACCCCAUCUUCUUUUACCUUGAGGCUGUGUGGGUCUUUGCUGGGGUCAAUGUAGCUGCUCUGUUCCUACAUGCGUCGGCGUUAAGUGAGAGCUUCCUAGGUGGUUAUCUAGCUGUGGUACAGUAUUUCGCGAACCACGCUGAGUGUACAAGAGUACAGUGGGCCCCUAACGAGAGAGAGAACUGGGCUGGACCUCUUCUGCUUCUGCAAGCUUAUCUGCUGACAGUACAAAUACAAGAUAAAAAGAAGAAUACCAUACAGCUACAAAUAGGCGUGUUCAUACUGAAUUGUCUAUGUCUACUGUUCUGGCAAUUCUCGCAGUUCAUCUUCCUAACCCAAAUAGCUAUAUUCUUUGUGAUGGAACAGUUGAGGGUCAUAGAUUCUAGACACCUCUCCAUUUUUCUGCAUUCACACUAUUGCGGGUUGCACAUGGCAAUACUGUUAUUGCAAGGCAACACUAUGCUAAAAACCUCCUUGUACGCCUGUUUGUUCUUAGUUGUGUCUGUGUAUUGUCUAUUCUUCAGCAGUUUAAGGAUAAAGGUCCAAAAUCGCUUGGAUUUCUUCGUGGAGUCCUGGCUGGUGUUACUAAGAGUUUGUAUAGUUGCGUGCGCGUCGGUAUACUUGAAAAAGUUACUCAGCGACUUCCUAGAAGUCCAAGAAGAUACCCAUGUGUGGGAGAUCCUAUAUUCCAAAUUAACGGACUAUAAAACCUUUCACACCCUGAUGUAUACUUGUUCUGAUGUUUUUGACUUCUUACCUCUCACCUCUUUAGGGAAUAUGAUUAAAACCUUUUUGAUACCGUAUGUGCUUUUCGGCGUCGUAAAUUCUGUAUACUACUGGCUGAGUGUGAAAGAGACAGAGGAUGUAGACAGUAAGGAGUCAGACAAGGAGAGACUGAUCGACGACGAGGAUAGUGGCAUAGACAAUAGUUCGGAUUUGAAAAUUAAAAAGAACACAAAUUUGGAUGUUUUGGUUCAAGAUGUAAGGGAUAAGGAAGUGGACGGUUUGGUUCUAUUCAUGAGUCGGUUGUCUGUGGACGCGGCGAUAUUCUAUAAUGUCUCGCAGAUGGUUGUCUAUGGUGUGAUGGCGGCGCUAGUGAUGCGACUUAAACUAUUGUUUACGACGCAAAUGUGCCUGCUGUCAUCUUUAGUAUUCAAGAAUAAAUAUUAUAAUAUUUACCCAAAGCCAGUGUCAAAGUGCAUGAAGGUGAUAUUGGUGUUAGGUGCGGUUCCCAUGCUGUGGAGUCUAGUCAAUAACGUGUCCAAAGAGAUGUCACACAUCGGUGAAUUCAAUGAUUACCAACAAGAGGAGUUGCUGCUGUGGAUCUCGAAGCAGGCGCCCGGCGCGUACGCGGGUUCGAUGCCCAUCCUGGCAGCCGUGAUGCUGUCCACGCGGAGGCCAGUAGUCGCCCACCCACACUACGAGCAUAUAGAAGCGAGAGAGCGCGCAUACGCAGUGUACAAAAUGUACGGGCGCUUCUCGCCGCACGAACUGUACCAAGGACUGAGUAAACUCCGCGCGACUUAUCUUAUCGUCGAGAACAAGUACUGCUACGGACGCAGCAGUAAGGGGUGCUCCUUCGCGGACAUUUGGGACGUGGAAGCCCCGUCCCUCCGAAAGGAGCCUCGCCUCUGCGACACGCUCCUAACCACCCCCGUGGAGCAUUUCUAUCCCCUCUUCAAGAAUGGCCAUUACUCCGUCUUCCGGAUUCACGAUGUUAGCGUGCGGUAUAUGCCCAGGAGUUUCGAUACCUGA